UUCUGCGCGCUGAUUGGACAAGCCGGCACGUGCGUGACUGCGGGAGGUGACACCUGUUGCUGCGCGUGGGAGGAAAUCUCUGCAGCUUUGCUCACACUGAACUCACAUCACAGGCAGAAAUUCACCCUCUCACCAAAGUUUCCUCUCAUCCUGCAGCUUUAGGACCAGAACCCGGACCCGGUUCUGGUUCGGCACUGAGGAUUUUUCCCGCCUCGCUUCCCGUCCCUGUGGUUCCUGGAGAGUCCGGUGCGCUUUACGCACAGCGCGGAGGAGACGCGGCGCGUUCAGGUCUGCAUGUCGAGGCUCUGAAUGGCUCAAUCUGAAGAGCACCACAGCAUCAUACUGCCAUCGCCGGGUCUCCUGCUGCACAGAGUCACUUAAACGACAUUGUUGGUGUUUCCAUGGAAACACUGGCCUCUAUGUGGGAACAUGAGCAUGACCCCACCGACCUCUGUGACCUCGAUGAGAGCAGAAACAUGCUAUCGUCUUUGUGGGAAUCCAAGUGUGCUUUCACUCCCUCUGCUGGCCUGAUGUGGACACAGCAGCUCUCGCCUCACCUCCAGAGGAACAAGCAGCUGCAGGAUGCGCUGCUGCAGAGGGAGGAAGAGCUGGCCAGGCUGCAGGAGGAGAACAGCAAACUCAGAGGAUUCCUCAGUUCCUCUUUUGUGACGAACCUGCAGGAAAAAGCGAAGAAACUGACAGCAGACAGGAGGAAUCUGAAGAGAAACCAGAGCAGCUUCGAUCAUGAACCCUCUGAGGUCAGAGGUCAUCCGUUCUCCAAGCAGAUCACUAAGAGAGUCUGCCGAAACCUGACUGCUGAGUUCUGCUCUGAGUCCUCUGCCGGGUCAGCCUCUCCAGAACCAAGCCUGGAUCUCUGGGUGCUGCGAAUGUUGGGCCUGAAGGACCAGAACACCAUCGAUGCGUCCAGCGAAUCAGAGUCCAGCUUAAAGGAUCUGGUGUACUGCGACGCCUUUGGUUCCCCGGUGUCCACUCCAUCCUCUGUCCACAGCUAUUGCCAAACCGCCGCAGGGGAGACGGACCACCUGUCCUCUGAAGGCACCUUUUCUGCCAGGCCAGUACCAACCUGCUCCGGACCUGUCGGAGCCUUGCCUAGCUCUGCGCUGACAGAGAUCUGCUCCACCAGAGGCGUCCAGCUGCUGGAGUCCAGCUGGACUCCAAACGAGCAACUCUGCUUCACCUCCAGGUCGUCUUCCGGUUCUGUUCUGAACAAAUCUCAGGCGCCCUCUAGUGGCUGCAGCGCUACGUCAUCACAGUCGCUUCACAAACCGACAGAUUUGGCUUUCAGCAUGUCCCUCAGUCCGUCCAGCAGCGUGAAGACACACAGCUUCCCCCAGGGACAGGCCUUCAUCAGGAAGGACACGGGGGGCCGGUGGAACUUCACAUGGGUUCCCCGACAGGAACCAUAGCUGACCCGAAGGAACUGCAACUGACCCGAAGGAACCGUAACCGACCCGAAGGAACUGCAACUGACCCGAAGGAACCGCAUCCGACCCGAAGGAACUGCAACUGACCCGAAGGAACCGUAACCGACCCGAAGGAACCGUAUCCAACCUGAAGGAACCGUAUCCAACCCGAAGGAACCGCAUCCGACCCGAAGGAACCGUAACCGACCCGAAGGAACCGUAACCGACCCGGAGGAACACAAAAGAAUCAUAUCUGACCCAGAGGAACCGUAACCGACUCGAAGGAACCGUAUCCAACUUGAAGGAAUUCUAACAGACAUGAAGGAACCGCAACCGACCCGAAGGAACCGUAAUCGACCCGAAGGAACCGUAACCGACCCGAAGGAACCGCAUCCGACCCAAAGGAACCGCAUCCGACCCGAAGGAACCGCAUCCGACCCGAAGGUUCCCCCUGCAGAAAGAGACACCUGCUGUCUAUAAAGUUACUCAAUUAAAACCUAACAGCAAUAAUUUGGAUUAUUUCAUUUUAACAAGAGUAAAAAAUGGGGAUCAAUUUUUCAAAGUCUGGUUUUCAUCAUGGUAAUCAAUUUAUAAUUGUCAGAUUCAAACAAAAAUAUUUAACAAUUUAAUUAGCUCCAAACUAAAUAUUAAAUAUUUAGUUCCCACCCAAAUAUUUAGUGAGCAAGCAAACUAUUUAGCUCCAAACUAAAUAUUUAGCUCUUAGCUAGACAAACGUUUAGUUACCUCAGAGAUGAAAAUGUCAUUUACAAACUGCUUAGCUCAGAGUUAAAUGUUUAGCUAAUGUGCAAAUUCAAUUCCAGAUAAGUGGAAGUAGACUAUCAAAAUAAAAGGUGGGUCUUCAGAAAUUUGGUUUGAACCAAAUAUAGCUUACUGGCUAAAUAUUUUGCUUGCAAAAUAAUUUUUUGUCUUGUAACAAGAUAUUUGGCUUGUUAACUAAAUAUUUAGUUAACUGUAACAUUUAUAAACUUAUGAAUAAAAUGGUGAAAAUAUGACUGAAAAUUUAACGCCCCCUUUUUCUUAUGAGUCUACAUAACUGAAA